AUGCAAAGUAAUGGUGAGCGUUUUGGCUACUGGACUUUUACCUGUAACUCUGUGUAUUUAACAAAGGAGCAGACCCUGAACUGGGAAAGGAGAAUUCGCCGUCGGAAGGAUUGCUAUGCAGCCGGAUUAGGUCUGAUAAAUAAAGACCCAACGAUACUGCCAUCAAAGCUUCAAACAACAAAAGUGGAGCUUUUUGGUAGAGUAAAAUGCGACGAGAUGUACUCAGGGGAACGUUGGACAACCAAUAUUAUUUGCGGAUACAAUCCCCCGAAAUCCACAUGCUCGGGUGACAGUGGAGGACCACUUGUGUGCAAGACUAAACAGGGAACACAUGUCCAGAUUGGAUUGACCUCAUUUGGUGACUGCGCGGGUUUCGACGGUUACCCUCGAGUCUAUUCCAACAUUGGUUGGAUUCUUAGGCAAAAGAAAAAGUCUUCUCUUCCGUUGAAGACUACCACAGGACAGCAAUGA